AUGGAGCACUUUCCCCGCUGUGUGCACGAGUGCUGGGGUUCCUCAAAGGAGCCCCAGGAAACAGAGGUGCUGCAACUCUUGAGUUUAGCGGACCCUGAGGAAUGGCAGCUGCCUUGCUAUCCUACUCUGGGCGAACGCUCUUCGAGCAAUGGGAACUUCAAUCGGAAACAACUUUCUACCCCCUGCGGGCGUCUGCGCCCAUACUGCCCGAAACGCGGACCCGGAGGCAGAGCAACUGCAGACCGGGAGCCGGGCCGCCAACUCCGGACACCACGCCCGCGCCCGGCCGGGAGCCACCGGUGUCCUCAGAAGGGGAAGACGCCGCGCGCCCCCAAAGCUUCCCUGGGCGGAUCUUGCCUCAACAGGAGGACCCCUCGUCUGAAACCCGAGACCUCUGACCCCGGGGACUGUUUCGGAGCAUCGCCCUCCUCCUGA